AUGGGUUUUUGGUCCAAUGGCACAAAUUUCUUUGGUCCAUUGGAACAAAAUAUCUCCUGCCAAGGUCUGCUAGGCAGACCUUGGAGGAGAUCUCCAUGGGGAGAAGGGCUUUGGCCUCCUCCCGAGGAGAUCAGACCCCAGGCACAGGCAACUUGCCUUGGGGCCUGGGGUUCCGGCUGUGCUGGCCCGGCUGGCACAGCCCAAUCGGGCCGUGCCGUGCCGGGCCACCGGCUCUCCUCGGCCCGGCACGGCCUAGGCCCGUUUUGGGCCGUGUCGUGCCGGGCCGUCGGGCCCCAGCAAGCUUGCUCCGGCCGGCCACCGGCAGCACGGCGGGGUGCACGCGGGCCAGGGAAGGUUGCGGGGGAGGUGAGGAGUACCAAGCUCACCUCGGGUGGUGGCUGGAAGCGGCGGAGGCGGCGGCGGCGGCGGAACAAGGCAUGCCCGCACGAGCUAGGGCACGGGUCCGGGGGGUGCUGCGGCCACGGCGGCGGCCGGGGCAGGUCAGGGACGUCCGGGGGUGCACGCCGGAGGUCUCCGGAGGUGUCUGGAGGGCGGCACUGCCGGCAGGGAGCGGCGGAGGCGCGCGUAGGCAGAGAUCUCCCAAGCUCGGCCCGCUCCGGGUCUGGGCGGCUGCGGCGAGUCCAGGCGGCACCACAGCCAACAUGGACGGCGGGGAACGGCGGCGACGGCGCCGGAGGUCGAGGGGAAGGUGGCGCGCCCGAUGGUGGACGGCGGCGACGCGCGGAGGCGCUGCGGCCUCAAGCUCGGCCCGCUCCGGGUCUGGGCGGGCGCAGAGAGCAGAAGCGGCGGCCGGCGACCUCGGGGGCGGCGGCGACCGGCGGGAACGACACCGGAGAUGGAUCUCGGCCAAGGGAAGAUGGUUUCAUAGGUUUAGGUGCCUUCCCGAGCUCGGUGGCUGAGGAGGGUAGAAAGAAAAGUGUGGAAGGUGAUGGAGGAGAUGGAAGAGCGGCCAGCUCCGGCGGCCGGCGGCGUGCUCAGGUGGCUGGGGCGCGCGCAGGGAGAGCAGGGGAACGUGAGGGAGGCGGUUAA